GUUCGGUUUGCUUGAUACUCCCCGCGCGCCAUCUAUUUACCCCUGUCGACAACCGCGAUCCAUAAGGGCGAAAAUCGCAAACGAGCACAUGCUCUUUAUUGAUUCGCCGAUAGGAAAAAUCUAGCACUCGCUUUCCUCCAGGAUACUGUGAUGGGUUAAUAUUUUUAUCCAUCUCGCAGGAAAAUAAACAUAGUUUGACCAAAGAACAUUAUUAAGAAACGACAACAGUAAUUACUGAAACUUGUUAUGGCUGGCAAAAAUCUGGAAUUAUCGCGGAACGGACACGAAUUGGCACCGUUGAACACCAGGUCAUGUCCGGAAGGUGAGCAGAGGAAACCUGGUGUGACCAUCGUUCUACAGGGCUCCAGAGGGUCCAUCAUAUCCAGAGGUAGUCAGGCAAUGGGGCAGGAUGAUGACGGAACGGAAUGGUCGGGAAAGAUGCAAUUUUUCCUUACCAUUAUCGGGUAUUCUGUGGGAUUGGGAAACAUCUGGAGGUUUCCUUAUUUGUGUCAGCAAAAUGGAGGGGGUGCUUUUCUCAUUCCAUUUGCGGUGAUGUUAAUCUUAGAAGGCAUUCCGCUGUUUCUCAUAGAGUUAGGAAUAGGCCAGAAGAUGAGGUUAGGUUCAUUGGGAGUAUGGAAUACCAUCCAUCCGUGGCUGGGUGGUAUCGGAAUAUCUUCCUGCUUAGUGACGUUUUUCGUAUCGUUAUACUACAAUGUGAUAAUUACUUGGUGUUUCUACUACUUGUUCAAUAGUUUUCGGCUAGAGUUACCCUGGCAAUCUUGUCCCAUCGAUCCUCUUACAAACGUUACCCUAAAAGAGUGUGAGAAAUCCUCAGCAACGGCAUUUUUCUGGUAUAGAGUGACGCUGGAUGCAAGUCCGUCAAUAGAUGAACCAGGUGCUCCUAAAUGGUGGAUUGUCCUAUGUCUUCUACUAGCCUGGAUAGUAGUCUUUUUCAUUGUUAUGAAAGGAAUACAGAGUUCAGGAAAGGUGGUGUAUUUUACGUCCAUGUUUCCCUACUUAGUGUUAACCAUAUUUUUUAUAGAAGGUUUGACACUAAAAGGCGCUGGGGCUGGACUAGCUCAUAUGCUUAAACCUAAAGUACAUAUGUUAAAAGAGCCUAAAGUAUGGCUAGAUGCUGCCACUCAAGUAUUCUAUUCUUUUGGAUUGGCUUUCGGAUCUCUCAUUGCUUUUGGUUCCUACAAUACACCAAAAAAUAACUGCGUCAGGGAUGUCAUUUUAGUGUCAGUAUGUAACGCCAUAACUGCCAUUUAUGCCAGUGUAGUUAUAUUUGCUAUACUAGGUUUCAAAGCUGUUAGUAAAGUUGAAGAAUGUCUAUUAACACAUAAUGCGACGGAUUGUUCUUUAGAGAAAGAAUUAGACGAGGCAGCUGAAGGAACUGGAUUAGCUUUUAUAGUAUUUACAGAAGCCAUUGUAAAACUGCCUGGUGCCCCUUUUUGGGCUAUACUAUUCUUCGUGAUGCUUUUGUCGUUGGGUAUUGGAUCUCAAAUUGGUAUACUGGAAGGGAUGCUUUGCACAGUAUUCGACAUCGAAAUUUUAAAAAGAGUCAGUAAACAAUAUAUUACAGCUACGGUCUGUGUCAUCUGCUUCUUCAUCGGCUUAAUCUUCACCACCGGCGCCGGCGAGUACUGGCUCAGCAUGUUCGACUCUUUUGCCGGUACCAUCGGUCUGGUAGUGGUAGCCCUAAUGGAGAUGAUAGCUGUCAUCUACGUCUACGGUCACGAAAAAUUCACCAAAGACAUCUACGAAAUGACGGGUUACAAGCCGGGACUCUACUGGCAGGUCACGUGGCGCUUCCUGGCGCCCUCUAUCAUGAUUGUGAUACUGGUGUCUUCGAUCGUGUCUAUGGUGAUCCAGCAUCCGGAAUAUUCGGCGUGGAGUGCAGAGAAAGGUGUUAGUGUGAAAACACCGUAUCCAGGUUGGGUGCUGGUAAUAGCAGGUUGUAUGGUUCUGGCAGGCAUUCUACCCAUUCCAAUUGUGUUCCUUCUAAGACGAUAUCAGAUACUCAAAAUGGAUAUUAAUAUACAUGAAGGAUCUAUACGAAGAAUCGAUACUACAGUUUCCACAAAGGAGAUGAUCACUGAUGUGGAUGAGCAAUUAACAAGUCCUGAGGGACCCUGCCUUACCGCUUCAAACACGCUCAAAAAUAAAUUCACUAUUGGUGACUUUGAGGUCUAAUCUCGAAGAAAACGAUGAAAUAGAUGGUCCUCUUUCUAUCUACGAUUCAGAGUCGUCGGAUGACGAACGACCCCAGCUUAACGCCGCUCUUGGACGAAAUUUCCAUUUAGAGGUCAUUAGGAAUUAAAAAGAGAUGUCUUAGUAUUAGUGUAAAAUAAUAAUUUCUAUACUUAAAUACGCAACUUAGACGCAUUACGCUCUAGUCAAACUCAAACUAGUAAAAAAUGUGCUUAGGUUGACUUAUAAUAAUAUUAAGUUUAAUCAGUGACAUUGCUUUAAUAAAUACUUAUAUUUUAUAAAGUCAGUAACAAACAAAAUAUUCUAACAAAAACCAGAACACCUAAAUCCACGCAUGUGACCCUAUAUAAAAGAUUCACAUUUUGUAAAACAAAAAAUAGUAACAUAACUGUUAAGGUCACGAAUCACAUUUCUUUCUUUUAAAAUUAUAUUAAAUAGUUAUUAUUUUAAAAGAUAAUAUUUUGCCAAAUAAACCUAUUAUGUUGAUUUAAUAUUACACAAUCGUACGUGAGAAUUUAAAAUUAACUUUUCCCAAAAAUAUCAAAUCAACAUUUGAUAGAUCUAUCUACAGUAUGUCCCCGGAUUGUCUUUACAAGAGGAAAAACUUUUUAUUAUUGACAUUUCGAGAAAAAUGCAUUCUUCAUAAAAAAAUUUUGCUUGUUCUAAAUUGGUUAAUCUCAUUUAUACUUACUAUUUCCAUACCGCUUUAGAGAAAAAAAAACAUGAAAAUAUAGUUGAAUUUUAGUUUGGUUUGAAGUCUUAAAAAUCAAAAGGCGUUUCUAUGAUUUCAUUCAUUGAUAGAAUUUUAAUUAACGUCAUAUAUUACACUAAAUGUUAUAGAAGCACUAAAUAAAAAAAAAAUGUUAAAAAAGUUUAUAACGGAAAGGGUAAUAAUAUUUAUCGAAAAAUGUGAUGUUUAGCAACAGUAAAAAAUAUGACGUUAAUCAAAAUCAUAUCAAAAUUAAUAAGAACCAUCUAUCAAAGAAUGAAAU